UCAUGAAAUAAAAACAACAAUUGAUUAACAAAACUCUAAACGCCACCAAAAGAAGAAAAAGAACACUUGUUUACUCUCUUUCGUUGAAAAUGGCAUCAGAUGAAAAUAUGACGGUUGUUUCUUUUAUGCAAGACGAUGAGUACGAUGAAAUUGAUGUUGGGUUUCAUCCACAUAACUUGUCCAGGCUUUCUAUGUGUACUAGUUCCAUGUACACUAAUGAUGGUAAUGAUGACGAUGAUCACUUGGGGAUGUCUAUGUCCAUGUCGAGAUUGUCUAUCGAAAGCUUUGACGCGGAUGUGGACGAAAAGUUCUCCGGGAAGAAGUUUCUGGAGAUAUCGUCGGAUUCCGACCAAGAACCUAGCUGUAAUUCGCUUCCCGCAACGCCGCCUCGUCCGAGGAGCAGGACCGGGAUGUUGAUGGUUGUCAAAGAUUACGCCAGUGACCACGGACCUCAAAAGGGGAGUAUCGGGAGGCCGAGAGGGCGGAGCAAGAGUUCGAGGAAGAGGAGGGUUAUAAGGGAAAGAGGGGCGGAGGUGAGUGGUGGGACUAAAAGCGAGAGCAAGAAGAAAGAGGGGGAUAUAAUGGCGGGGUAUAGCAAUUGCAGUGGGAGUUUCAGUGGGGAAAGUGAAGGGGGUGGUGUUAUGGUGAUUACGCGGCCGAAAGGUGGGAACAGGUCGUUGUGUAUGGACUUGGGAGAAGUGAAAGCGUGUCGUGAUCUGGGGUUCGAGCUGGAACACGAGCGUAUGUUGGAGAUGCCGGGUCGUAUUUCGUUGUCGGGUUCAACUUUCGAUAAUACUAGUAGUGGUGGCAAUUCCCCCAUUGCUAACUGGCGUAUCUCUAGCCCUGGUGAUGACCCUAGAGAUGUUAAGGCUCGGCUCAAAGUGUGGGCACAAGCAGUGGCAAUUGCAUCCACAUCCAGGCAUUGAAGCACUGGAGCCUACUCCCAAAUUUCAUUUAUUUUGGUAUUCUUCUUCGCUUUGCAUCCUAAAAAAAUUUCACAGGAUUCGACCUACUCUGUUGGUGGCCGUACCAUAAGAGCAUAAUUCCGAAUUAUAUUUUUUAGGAAUAAUAUUAGAUCAUCCUUUUUCAAUUAUUUGUGUGUAUGUCUUUGGGGUUGUAAAUAAAAGGGUAGUCCGUAGUAGAAUAUGGAGAUAGAUUG